CAUUACCUGCAAAAAUAUUUUCUGGAUCUGCUUCGAGUCUGCACCUUUUGGUAGCAGUGCAAAGUUGACUAUUUGUUCAGUUACCUCCAUGUACCGACUUGCGGUUGGCGGCAUUAAAAACAUGAGAACGCGAUCGAUUUUUACCAAUCGUUCAAUGAAUUAAAUUGCAAUUUAAUGAGAGGAAAAUGAGUUUCCAUAGUUUCUCGGACUGAUUGAUCAAUAUUCGAGGUUAUCGGUUUGGAUCAAAAUUAGUCAAGUAUCAUUCCCCAUCAAAAUGAAAGUGAACUUCUGCACAGAUCUGGAUAAAAGCGUGGUGCUGGCUAAUUGUGAAAAACGCGGCUGGUCGCAAGUCGGUCCAGAAGAUGAGUGGAACAUUUAUUGGGCCGGCACGCAAACUUGCCGCAGCUUGUUUAGCGUGGACAGCGGAUAUCGCAUGAACGAUAAUCAGAUCAUCAACCAUUUUCCUAAUCAUUACGAAAUCUCCCGAAAAGACCUUCUGGUUAAGAACAUAAAGCGUUACCGGCGCGAUCUGGAAAAGGAGGGAAACAUUAUGGCUGAAAGAGGCGACUCCAAAUACCUGCACCUGGACUUCAUUCCAGUGACGUUCGUUUUGCCCGCCGACUACAACAUGUUUGUUGAGGAGUAUCGAAAGGCGCCUCAAAGUACGUGGAUCAUGAAGCCCUGCGGCAGAUCGCAGGGCUCGGGCAUAUUUCUCAUCAACAAGCUGUCGAAACUGAAAAGAUGGUCCAGGGAAUCAAAGACCCCCUUUCAGCAACAGCUCACCAAGGAGAGCUACGUUAUUUCCAAAUACAUAGACAAUCCCCUACUUAUCGGGGGGAAGAAGUUCGACCUCAGGCUAUACGUUUUAGUGACAUCCUUCCGUCCGCUCAAAGCCUAUCAAUUUAAACUGGGCUUUUGCCGCUUUUGCACGGUGAAAUAUGACUCGAGUGUCGCCGAACUGGAUAAUAUGUAUGUUCACUUAACCAACGUUUCAGUCCAGAAACAUGGGGGCGAAUACAAUUCGCUACACGGAGGGAAAUUGAGCGUGCAAAAUUUACGGCUCUAUUUGGAGAGCACCAGAGGCAAGCAGGUGACAGAAAACCUCUUCGAUCAGAUCAGUUGGCUGAUUAUACAUAGUCUAAAGGCGAUCGCCCCCGUCAUUUCGACAGAUCGCCAUUGCUUUGAGUGCUACGGCUACGACAUCAUCAUCGAUAACAAGUUGAAACCUUGGCUAAUUGAGGUGAAUGCGUCACCAUCGCUCACCUCGACCACUGCAAACGACCGGAUUCUGAAGCAUAAACUAUUGGAUAAUAUUUUCAACAUUGUCGUCCCACCCUCUGGAAUGCCUGACGUUAGAUGGAACAAGGUACCCUCCCCAGAAGUUCUGGGCGAUUUUGAACUCCUAAUAGAUGAAGAUCUGGUCAGCAUGAAUGAAAAUGCCGAAAUCGGCCUCAGGGGAAACAACUCCAAGUGGAAGUAGUGAACGAUUCAUUUGCACUGGUAAAUCCAGUUGAUUUGUUCAUCGGCCCUAUUUUUAAGCUCAAUCACAUUGAGGACUCACAAAGUCCUUUAGGAAUAUCACAUAAACGCUCAAUAGUAAA